CGUUUCGGUAGAGGGCACAACCUUUGAGCAAUAAGACUGCUCUGAAACAGAAUAGAUAACAACCCUGUCUCGAGACCUUCCGUUUGGCUGUCUGAUAAGAGUACGGGAAACGCAGAGAAGCGAGUUCCAUCGCUGCAAACAAAGUACAACUGACCACGCAGAACCAGAAGUCAGCAACAGAAACGAAAUUUUGAAGAAAAAGCGAAUGUGAGCUAGUGACGUCAGUAGCUGAGGAGGGGCGCUGACCGUGGUGCUGAAUGCACCUCGCGCUCCUCAGAGUUCAGUACAGGACACAAGGUACCGGAGCUUCACUCAUCUCACCGUCGCUCAUAUUCACAUUCGUCUUUGGCCCACUUCCGCUCAAAUCACAAAACCCGUGGAACGUGAGAGCCGAGAUGCUGAAUUAACUGGAGGUGUUUGGACUCGACGGGCAGGAUGGAUUCUGUGCGCGCGCUGGUCCUCGCUUUUCUGUCUCUCCACGCGCUCGCCGUUACCAUCACAGACAGGAAAUUCGGUUGUCUGUUUGAGGUUGAAGUGUGUGAGUCAUAUGAAAUCUGCAUCAAUGAUGGAGUGUUUGGGCGAUGUCAGAGUUAUUCAGGCACAGUUUCCUACACCUAUGAUGUGUCUCCAGAAGCUAUACAGCGUUUGAGGAUUGUUCUCCAGAAGCUGGCCCACAGAGGAUAUACUUGGCAGGAUGACACAACUCAGGAAGUAAUCUCAAAAGAGCUCUCUCAGCUACCCAAGGUUCCUUUUGGACGAUAUACAAACACCUUGUCUCGUUCCACUGGCAACACCAGAGUUCCUGAUGCUGAAAGGAAACUUAAGGCUCAAAAAGAAGAACUGCAGAGGUACCUACAGGAGCUCGGUUUCCUGCCUACUGAAGUUGGCUUCUUCAAGCAGAGUCCUCAAGGGCAGCAAGUCCUUUGGAAGUACAAGGGAAAUGGACCUCUAAAUCAGAAGGGUUUCAUCCAGCUCAAAGAGAAACCUCUCCACAUCUCCUUCCUCCAAGGUCGACCUGAUCACCAGGAACAACCUCCCACAAGUCGAUCAUCCUUCACUGGUUUUGAGCGAGAUCGUACUGGAGUCCCUCUCGCUGAGCUUGAGCGGUAUCAAGCUGGGUUCACGAAAGCAGAAGAUCUUGGUAAAGGUCAACCAGAGGGAAUGCUGCGUUAUUUUAGCCUUCAGCGCACUCCAGCUACCAAAACAGAAAAAUGGCCAGAAGCUCCCAAGCAGCCUCCCAAACCACGAAUCGAGAAAUUGUUUUUCAAAUCUGGAACAAGCAGCGCUGCUUCCAAGGAUGCCCUCAGUUCAGUAGAUGAGAAGUUCAUUGAUGGAGUGGUAAACCAGCUUGGACGCCAGAGCGUUAAUGUGGAUUCUUUGACCCCAAAGGACCUGGACCAACUCUCCAAAUUUAUCACCCAGGCCUUGCAGGUGGUGGAUGGAGUGAAAGGGGUCAAAGGUAGAGAGGCCACACAGGAUGAAAGGCCAGAGGAUGAAGUAGAGGUGAAGAGGGAACCUACUGAGCAGUUAGAGAAAACUAAAGACACCACAGCUAAAGGAACACAAACUGAAAAAGGGGCCAUUAAAUUGGAUGACAAGGAAAAAGGAUUUAUUAGCCAGCUACUGGAGUUCUUGGAUCAGAACUCUGGCCCUGAAUCUGCUGGACCUCCCCAAGCAAAAGAGCCUUUUCUGGGUUACAUUGGUCAGCCGAAUGCUGGGAACCAAUUGAGAGCUAGUCUGGAGAACGUCCAUAGCCAGACAACACAAACAGAACUGGAUGUGAUGAAGAAGAAAAUGGAACUUGAUGCUUUGCAUCAAGAUCCACUGAGAGACGCAGAGGUAGACCAGUGGAUCCACAAUUCUCCAAAAGUGAAACCAGAGGUUCAACCAGACAAACAGCCACAAAAAAAUUCCAUGGAGAAAGAGGAGGUGGAAAAGAAAGGUGUGAGAGUGGAGGUGAAUGUUGCAGCGUAUUCAGGUCCACACAGUGGAGACUUUGGCUACAUUAUCACUGAAGAUUCUCUGUCCACAGAUCAGGGUCUGAACCUUGUGGAGUUCUUAGCUGAGAGAGUUAACCUUCGUUUAACGGAUUUUCUACAGCUCUCGGUUUUGGGUCCAGCAGUAACCUUUCGAGUGCGCCCCAAUGCUCGUAACAUCAGCACAGCCCAGCUAGCCAGAGUGGCAGUUGAACAGAAAGGACAGCUGGAGAAACAGAGUGGUCUGCGGAUUCUUGAGGCCGGACUGAGUGAUAGGGGCAAAUUGAACCAAAUCCCAGUUGUCAAACAAAGUCAAGUGGAGCCAAGCAACUUUUUGAUUCUUUUGGUGGUGUCCUUGGUUUUUAUUGUCAUGGUAUUGGGGAUGUCGGGGACGCUGUACUGCUUACGCCAUAGCUCCCACCAUAAGCUGAAGGAGAAGAUUGCCAGUUUAGGAAAUGACACAGGCCACGAUGCUACAGCAGCCUAUCAGGAUCUCUGUCGCCAGCGCAUGGCGGUGCAGACAUCAGAGCGCGGAGAGCGAUUAGAUCAGGUGUUCCACCCCUCGCACACAUCACGCAUUAACAGUGUGUCAUCACAGUUCAGUGAUGGGCCAAUGCAGAGUCCCUCCGCCCGCAGCAGCACAUCCUCCUGGAGUGAAGAGCCUACACAAACCAACAUGGACAUCUCCACUGGACACAUGAUACUGUCCUACAUGGAAGAUCACCUGCAGAAAAGAGACCGUUUGGAUAAGGAGUGGGAGGCUCUCUGUAGUUACCAGGCUGAGCCAGCAGCAUGCUCAGUGGGUCAGGAGGAACAAAACGUCCAGCGCAACCGCCCACAGGGUGUCCUUGUGUAUGAUCACUCCAGAGUCAUUCUGAAGCCGGAGAAUAACCAGUCCAGAUCGGAUUACAUAAACGCCAGUCCCAUUAUGGACCAUGACCCCCGAAAUCCAGCCUAUAUCUGCGCUCAAGGUCCUCUUCACUCCACUGUGGCAGAUUUCUGGCAGAUGGUUUGGGAGAGUGGCUGUGUGGUGAUUGUCAUGCUAACACCUCUUGCUGAAAAUGGCAUCAAGCAGUGUCAACAGUAUUGGCCAGAUGAAGGCUCUGACCUUUAUCAUAUAUAUGAGGUAAAUCUGGUCUCUGAACAUAUCUGGUGUGAUGAUUUCCUGGUACGCAGUUUCUACUUAAAGAACGUCCAGACUAAUGAGACCCGCACAGUUACUCAGUUCCACUUCUUGUCCUGGAUGGACCAGAAUGUUCCAGAGUCUGCUAGAUCCUUGCUGGACUUCCGCAGAAAGGUUAACAAGUGCUACCGAGGCAGGUCUUGUCCAAUAAUUGUUCAUUGCAGCGAUGGUGCCGGAAGGAGUGGAACCUACAUUCUGAUUGAUAUGGUUCUAAAUAAAAUGGCCAAAGGUGCUAAGGAGAUUGAUAUUGCUGCUACCCUGGAGCAUUUGAGGGAUCAAAGAUCAAGCAUGGUUCAGACUAAGGAACAGUUUGAAUUUGCGUUGACUGCUGUGGCAGAAGAGGUGAAUGCCAUUCUCAAAGCUCUGCCUCAGUGAAGGAUAACUUUCACAAACACUUCCAACCUGUCUUCUUCAUCCCUUUUUGUGCAAAGUGAUCUUUUUUCUCUUUCAUUGCAAGAAACUGAGAGAAAUAAUUGAGCAAACGUAUUGAUAACCUAAUCAUUAUGGAUAAUUAUAAAAAAAAACAAAAAAACAAUGUAAAUUUCCAUCUCUAUCCAAAUUCUGAUGCAAUGUAUUGCAUAAGACAUUUAUUUGUCUUAAGUGUGUAAGAUUAUUUAGCCUCAUUGUUUAGAAUUAUAUUCAACUGGCCAACUAGGCAUGCAAUCAUAGUUUGUAUUUGCAGUUCAGACUGGUGUUUACAUACCCAUUAGUUGUGCAUAUAAAAUAUCUGAAAUAUAUGUUUGUGUGAAGCAGAUGUGAUCUUAACCGGUGUUGUAUUACACUGUAUUAGUCCACUGCGAUUAUGUUAGCAUCCAGUAAGUUUAUGUGACUACACUUAAGUUAUGGAUGGUGAUGAGUAAUAUUAAUGCAAUGAUGAGAAUACUAUAUUACAUUUCUAACAAUUGUGAUAUCCUUGAAAUCAUCUUUCUAUUGUUAUAUAUUGUGUUCCUAGAUCAACUUAUAAUCAGAUUGUAUUACAUAUAGAUGAAUUGAUUAUAUAUACAGAAUGAACCCUGUGAUUUAAAAUGGUCUGCCAAAAUGUAAUUGUACAUAUUAUUUUUGUGUGGAUGAUAUAAAAGUAACAUAAUAAAUCUCAAAGUGUUGAAGUGUAUAACUGCAUUCAUGAAUCGCUUUGUGGAUAUCAGAGUAAGAAUGACAGAAGGAGCGAGAGAUUGUACCAACAGUUAUUCUCACCCGAACUGUCACUCAAUUCUUCUAAAUCUGUUCAGGCAUGCUUCACUUGGAAUAUAUGGAGCUGAACAGGAAAAAAAGGGCUGAAUAUCACAAUUGGAAUUAAA